CACAAAUUUGAACGUUUGGUGCAAAACGAACCCUUUCACCACGAGAUUAAAUAUUAUGUUCUUUUUAAAGAAAACGCUUGAUGCUCUGGCUGGCACAAAAUUACAGUAAAGUGGACACAUUCCCACAUAGAACCACUGCGCGGAUAUUCCAGAGGCGGCAGCUGGCUCUUUAAGAGCAAUUACGUGAUCUCCGGCAGGGAAUUAUUCGCUGUAGAGAGGUUUAGGGAGGAAAUUACACCAUCAGUCCUGAGCUGUUGCGAUCGUGGCUGUCGGAACAGGGUGAAAUACUGGAGGAAGAGCUGUGAAAAUGCCUUACGUUCUUAUUAGUACCCAGAUCCGGCUGGAAACUGGACCCACGAUUGUUGGAGAUGAGAACUCAGAUGUGAAUCUUAUGAACUACCUUGGAGCUGAGAAAACCACUGUAUUGGGAAAUAAUUUCUCAGAAUAUCGGGUUAAAUACCCCCCACGAGUGGUGCUGGAUAAACUGGAGGUUCUUGGCUACCAUGUAAUCAGCAUGACAGGCUUGGGACAGACCCUAGUCUGGUGUCUACACAAAGCUCAACAUGGCCCUUAAA